AUCAAGAGCACAAAGUGCGUUCGGAAACGCCACAACUAGAGAGAGAGGAGGUGGUGUAAAACGAAAGCGGACGUCCGAAAAAAAAAAUUUUUAAAAAUACGUAGCUGGCGUCGGGUCAUGUGUCGUCCGCGCGCUCACGCUGGCGCGCCUCUUGCGUUGCGGCGGAAUACGAGUAACAAUGACAGCGCUACAGAAUGGAUAAGCUGACACGUCGUCAGUCGGUCAUUGCGGUGGCAAGUGCACGUGCUGGACCGCGAAGCGAAUGUUACGACCAGUGGCAAAUAUCGAGGCGGUGCUCACGCAAGCGUCAACGAAAAGUGGACGAAGCACCGCCGCCAGUAACGCCGAAAGCAAGGGAGGGAGGGAGAGAGUCGCACACAGCCAGCCGAUGCGGGCGCGCUAAAGCAUCUCCUGCGGACGAGUGCGCGCGCACAAAUAGACAGCUGUAGACAGGACGAGCUACUUCCCGCCGCGCUGUACUGUAUCCGCGAUCGAGCGGGCGGCCGCCGUGGCGAACGGCUUUCGCUAGUGAAACAGCAUACUCUCCCCGACCUUUGAGCCCCGGUCAGAUUUCAUCUCUCUCUCUCUCUGAGAUCAUCGAGCCACAGCGACGGAAAAUUUAUCCACGAGGGUUCGCUGGGCACACACGAACACCCCGUGCCACAAGCGGCGAUUUCAGGGCGUUGGAUCCGACAAAACUUCGGCGAUUUCAAGGGGUCGCCGAAGAGCUGCAACAAAGCACCGGCGCUGCGGAUGCAACAGUCGGGGAGCGACGCUACGAUGGGAUGAAUGCAAUGAUGGAGAUGCGAGACGGAAGCGCAGCCGCCAGCCCCAGUGACCGCCUGGUGGGGACAACGCGCUACGACGCCUUGAGGGACACCAGUGAAGAUGACAGCGAUGAGUCUCUUCACUGCCAUGUACACCAGCAGCCAAGGCUCUCGUCUAAGGUGGCGCAGAAACAACUCUUUGUCAGCUGUCUCAUUUGCCUUACAUUUAUGAUAGCUGAAGUAAUUGGUGGCUACAUGUCCAACAGCCUAGCUGUCAUGUCAGAUGCAGCACACCUAUGUGCCGACUUGGCUGGUUUUCUGAUCUCUAUUUUUGCUGUCUGGAUUGCACAGAAGUCACCCACCAAAAGACUGUCCUUUGGGUUCUACCGCGCAGAAGUCCUGGGUGCUGUGCUGAGUGUAGUUUUCAUCUGGGUGCUGACGGGUAUCCUAGUCUACACGGCCGUGCAGCGGACCUACCAUGAUGACUACGACAUUGAUGCAGGCAUCAUGCUCAUAGUCUCUGGCACAGGGGUUGCUAUGAACAUCAUCAUGGGCCUGGUGUUGCAUGGAUGCUGCCCAUGUGCGGGCAUUGCUCAGCAUGGCCACAGCCAUGGGCUCGGCACACAUGGUCAUGGCCAUAAACAGCCCGGUGAACGCACCAACAUCAACAUCCGCGCAGCUUUUAUCCACGUCCUGGGAGACCUGUUGCAAAGCAUUGGCGUGCUCAUCUCAGCCUGCAUCAUCAAGUACAAUCCCCAGUACAAGGUAGCUGACCCCAUCUGCACAUUCAUAUUUUCUGCUCUCGUGUUGUUCACGACUGUGUCGAUCCUGAGGGAUGCCGUCUUUAUCCUAAUGGAAGGAUUUCCGAAGGACCUCAACUAUGCAACUGUAAAGUCUGCACUGCAAAGUAUCAAAGGUGUCCGAAUGGCACAUGGCCUCCACGUGUGGUCGUUGACGGCUGACAGACGUGCCCUGGCUGUGCACCUAGCUGUUGAUCCAGACACUGACCAGUCAGCUGUUCUUCAAGCAGCUCAGAAGCUUGUGCGAAAGAGCUUUGGCAUCCACAGUUCCACGAUCCAAGUGGAGGUGUUCAGCGCGACUGAGAUGCUCUCUUGUGAAACCUGCAAGGGACCGUGACAUCCUGCCGACUGUUUUUUACACUUAAUUCAGCACACAUUGAGUGAAGGAGUCAUUCAAUGAAGUGCAGUUGCUUGUAGCAGUUCUCAAAGCAUGGAAAUUUGAAAAAAUCUUAAUUUCCUCGCAGUCUUAGUGUGCAUCCAGAAAGUGAGGGACACACUCUGCCGUUGUGUGGAUGCACACUUCUCAGUUCCUAAUUGUGCACCUAGGUCGUGAGGGAAUUCAAUUUUUCUUUUUUUGUUUUCUUUCUUUUUGGCGUCAUUACUGUUGUGGUCUCAACGAGUUCACAAGCAACCUUAAGCAGUGUACCCAGUCGAUCACUUUCUGGGAUCCACAGUCACUUUUGUUAAGAUUUCGCAUGGCCAGGCACUGGACGCAUCAGCAUCUACAAGCAGCAGUGUUCCUGGAACUGUUGCAAAUUUAACACGGUGCCAGAAAGAGCACUAUUGCUCGCAGACACUAAUGUAUCGUGCGCCGAGUCAUGAGAAAUGUUGUGAAAGUGAUGGUUUACCUGAGUGUGAGUCACUGAGAAUUUCACCACUCCUGUAAGUGGUUUCACGCUCACAAAUAUGUGUACAAGUCAACAGCUGGUGUGCUGCCAGAUGUUCUCACCUGGUCACACUGCCUGAGCAGCCACAAGUCUGCUUGCUCAUAAUAGUGCCGUUGGUGGCUCUGAUUUAGUCAUAACUGCAUUCGUAGUAUAUACUUUGGCUCACUUAUGGUCAAGCAAAGCAUUAGUAUGCUAGCCACAAUCCUUUCCUCUGCUGACAUGCGCAGCUCUAUAAUGUGCUGUUCGCUUCUUGCAUUCUUUCCAAAUGCAGCGUUCGAUAGUCAGUAUUUCCCUGUUGAUUAUUGUGAACCUUUAAUAGUUUGAACUGUACGGAACAUUCAAAUAUAGAUGCUACAACUUUGGGCUUCUCAUUUUACAACUACUUUGCUUGUUUGCUCAUUUCUUGCUUGCAAUAAUGCCUGUGUACAUGUAGAUGUCAGAAGGACAUGAAAGUUGUGCGUUGAACAUGACAGCUAUCUUUUUUUUUUUUUUUCACAAAAUAAUAUGCAUUUAUCUGCCAUGUAUCUCAAGUUGCAGCGGACUCACUAUUCAAACUCUCAAUGUAAUUGGAAGUCACAUUGAAUAAUAUGAAUGCACUUAAUUCAAACUAGCUUUCCUGUUACUGUAGAACCUCAAUUAUAUGUUUUGGAAAAGAAACGCAGGAGAAAACUUGCUAGCCAGUAAAAUGUAUAAUCCAAAGACACUGAAAAAUUUGGCACUCAAGUUUAGUUGACAUUGACAUAAGUGUGGCAUGAAUUGAAGCUCCACCGAGCUGGCAGGGCCUGAGCAGCCUGAAAAGCACCUAGUUAUUUUUUGCAGCUUCGGCAAGCUUACGUUUGCACUCCUUGAAUUCGGCUUACAUGAGCAACUUUUUCAAACAGAGUGUUUUGGUUUUUGGCGGAAGUUCUGAUGUGCCCACUUGGUGGGCACAUCAAAGAGUUGGUGGAGGGACCUAGUGGAGGGAUUGUGACUGGAAACCAAAAGGAAAUCGAGCUCCUAGGCGGCGCUGGAAUACGAUCCCACCAGAGCUUGCAUGAAGUUCACUGUUCACUUUAUGCUGCCUGCAGCAGGGAACAGAGGGUAAUGCAUUUUGGUUGUCGCCUAUUAAAAGCAUGCAGUACACCUACAAUGGCGCUACGCCAUACAUGCUGUGACACAGAUAGGUGGAGAUGUUUAUUGCAUUCGGGCUGGCGGCGAUAGCUGUGAAUGUGGCAUGCGAUGACUUUCUGGUACAGGAAUCAGAAACUUCGUUGCGCUCUGGUGUUUUCAUGUGACAUGGGUGGGGAAGCGUUGAGGUGGUUAGCUACUGUUCUUGACUGCAUUCGCCUCGUGCCUUUUCUGGUUUACGUGGGAUAUAAGGAUGAAAAACCUAUCGUAUGAUGGCAGUUUGGCGGUGUUCUGAACAUUAGGGCCAUAAAGGUCGUGUUUUCCGGGAACAUUUUAACUGGUAAAAAAAGAAAUGUAACUGUAUUUGGUCAUUUUUUGUGUUCCCAAUCAUGAAUAUUCGUGCUGGAAAUCAUAUUAAAUGGGAUUGUGUCAAGAAGGUUGUACUGUAUUUGAACUUCUGGUCUCCCAAAGCAAGCCAUCAUCAGAAUUUGUUGCGAAGGCAGAUAUCCUUAUUGCACAGGGUAAUGAAAAUGCAGGCAAACUUUAACCAAAUACAUAAGUGUCACAUGUUGAAAAUUCAGUACAUUCGUAAAUUAUAGCACAUGUGAUGAAUGCUGGAUGGCAAGGCUUCAUGGGUGUGUAUAUCGCAGCCGUGUUAAGAUCUCAAAUCACAUGUUCGCUAUUGAACAAUUCAAGCAAAAAUGUGGUCAGAAAGGGUUUGAACUGACAUUAGUCAGCUGUACUGCAUCUUCGUCAUUAUAAUGACAUAGUUGAAUAUGCAUUUAAAAUGAGUCACUUCUAGUUUUUCCAUGGAGCAAUGACAUGUUCCUCUACAGCUUGUUCCAUAGAAGUAAGAAAUACAGUUUGAUACUUAUGUCUACCUUUUAAGCUUUUUUUUAGCCAAGACCAUCACCUUUCUGCAUUAAGCGCAGACCAAACUGUCACAGCCUUCAUAUCAUCAAGGUUGCCAAAGUGUGCUCAUUAUCCAAGAUGAAAACAAUGAGGGAUGUGCUCCUGAACUUCUCCAUGAUGUGUGUGUGGGGUACUGUGCUGGCAAAAGCAGUGAAGCAAGUUCUACUCAAACACCCUAAUGUGUGCAGUCCUGAUAGUAAUUGAAUUCAUUGACCUUGCCAUAAAUCUGUCUGGGUAAUUAGAUACUACGUCCUUGGUCAUAGUGUUGCUUUGUUUUUGUAACAAAUUGGGAAAUGUAAUGUGUGUCAGGUUUCUUUGAUUUCUUAGUCUGUGAUUCUAAACUAUUUUGUGUCAGCCAGGCUCUUGGAAGGAAAUGCUUUUAGCUCUGGUUUUAGUUUCGUUCCACUAAAAAAAAGUUCCAUCAGGUUCUGCUCUGCAACGAAAAAAAUAAAUAAAAAAAUGAUCUGUUACCAUUAAUAAUGGUUUUGGUUUAUAUGCAAAAUUCAAAAAUUUUUGGAGCAAAGUAACAAUAAAAACAAAGUAUUUAUUUUUCUCAAUACUUGAAUUAUGAAAUCACGCUCAGCGCAUUAAUUCAAGGCAUUGAGCAUGAUCAAGUGUACUCGCCAAAAUGCGAGGCCACUGUUCUGAUAAAACGAACGAUAAAAUUUUUGUGACCAAGUGUUGUAUCUGUAGAAAACGAAAUGAGCUCUCCAUUGCGCAAUCCCUUGGUUUUGCUACCAUGUGAUCUGCUAGUGCACCGACCGGCAGGCUUACAUUACUGGAGUGCUCGACCGGCUGUCACUCGUACUGGCCUUGCCUGCGAUACAGCUCAUGCUGUUGUUGCCUGACAUCGGCUGUUUCGUAUUGUCAACUUUCCACUUGAACUUAGAACCGAUAAAAAAUAACAAAUAACGUUUCGGUUACGCUUUCGUUUUGGUCAAAAGUAUUGUUCUUUUCGUUUUUCAUUUUUGUUUUCAUUCCAUGCUGAAACACUGGUGUUCCGACGCACUGUGCUGCUCAAGGUAUCAAAAUAAUAGCAUCGUGCUUCGAUUGACAUUGCAAUGUCGUCUAGAUGUCUAGAGGCGAUACCACAAUUGAUGCUGAUAAAGAGAAAUGGAACUCAUUUGCAAGACAAGGGCAAUUGGUGAUUGAUUUGGCAACACACUGUGCAAUAUUGGUUGGCUAAAGCACGGGUAGAAGUACAAGCAGCAUAGCAGCACAGAUGUAAGCUUUAAUGCACAUUCAAGUCGAUGUGUGAGCACAAACUCUGAUUGUUGCAGCAUUGAACUGAAAAUGUUGGCAGGUGGUAUGUGCUUGAUCACGAAGUAGUGGCCAUUGCACAGUUUCGCAAUUGAGCUUAUGGUAGACAUAUAGGCUGAAAUGCAGCAUGUCUGUACUGCACAAAAUAAUUUAACAUGGACAAAUAACAUUCAGCAAUAGUAAACUAAUGCUGGACAGUUGAUGCACCCCUUUGUAGUGGUCUUGGUAAUAAUACAGUGCAAUAACCAUCAGGAAAACCUGGCACGUACAACACCCAAUUGUGAACUUGGCUCCCAGAAAGCAUUUGCCGCUGAUAUGCACUAACUGGCUUCAUUGGGCUCUGUGAAGCAAGCACCUGCUGCACACAGUUCAAGUGCACACUUUUUUUUUAUGCCUUUUUUGCAGCUUUUUGUUCUAGCCUACUUUUGUAGUCUAACUUGGUAAUCACCUUCCAUGUUGGAUCACAUCUCUGCAAAAGCUUUCCUGAAGUUCUGCCGCAAUCAAUAUGUGAUCACUCUCAUUUUACUUGCAUGCAAUAUCUACAAUCACAGCCACAUCCUUUGCAAGUUUUUAUGAUGAGCCUUCGCUGCAUAUACAGUAGACCUUUGGGAGUAAUGUGAAAUGCCCAAGUCCAUCCAACAGCAACACUUGCAAUAGCUUAUACAUAACAGCCAGCUCCUCUUUACUCUCUGUAGAUUUACCAUAUAUUCGGUGAGGAGGUUAUUCUGUGACAUGGCUGCAUUAUUAUUCGUGUUUGCAAACAAAGUACUUGCUACCACGAAAAUACCUCUGUGAAUGUUUUCUUUUUUCACUGCAUUGCCUUCUCUCUUCCUUCUGCUCUAGGCUGGCUGGCAGGCCGUGCACUGCUCAUUAGAUCUGCCUUGCAGUGUGGUGCUAAGAGGUAGCAGAAUGUGGCAGGAGGUGGUUUUCUUUAUGCUCAGCAGAGCUUGUAUGGUGAAGCGCAGCACAUUUGUGCAUAGCUACUUGAAUGCCAGCGUUCUUGUGUUUUGUACCAAAAAUGACGUGCAACGCUUAAGUUUCUGUGUGCUGUGAUGUCCACUUUUUUUUUUAAGAAGUCAUUAUGCCACUUGGUGAAUUUCUAAAGGCCACUGCAAAUGAGGUGAACAGUUCAGGGUGAAGUAAUCUAAAGUAUGCAAUGCGCCAUAGUGCAGAACGUAUUUUAUCCUGAGGAGUACCACUCUCGUAUAUCUACACAGGGUCUUCUGUCACUUUUUUGUAGGACACGGACAGUAGGUGGUUUCAUAUCAGUGCAACAAGCUUGUGCUCCCAAGUGAUGUUGACUACUUUUGUUAAUGUUGGCAAGGGUUGCCACAAGUGUCUGGCGGCAUAGACUAGGUGACUAAUAUGCACAGUAAUCAACAAUUAGUAAAGGAACUGUGUAGAAACCAGCGGAAGACAUGCGCAGAACGCUCGUUGGAUUUCCGUGUAUGUCUUCUUGUGUUUUAACUUCUUGCUGGUCCUACCAAGGCUAAUGUACAAACUUUCCCUGCAAGUGACUGAAAAAAAAAAGUAUUAUGCCAGCUUUCUGCCACAUGUCAUGUCAAGCCUUUACUACACAGACACGUUGUGGCUUAGAGCAUGAUGACACACAAAAUUUGCAAGCUUUGUUGUGAUUACAUAGUAAAAAUUUUCUCUUUUUUUCUUGCAGUACUUGGCAAUUUAAUACCAUUUCUAAGUUUUUGUUGUAGAAUCCUGGCAUGGCCAUUGCUCAGUGUUCUAAGUAUGCUAAGUGUUCAUGACACCUUGUUCUAUCUGCAAAAAUUUUAUGAAUAAUGACUGGAUGUUGUACAUUCAACACUGUUCUCUUUAACACCACAAGUUAUAGCGAGCAUCAAAAAAGAAAGUAUAUAUGUAGUUCUGCUGAAGCAGAAGAGUAGAGUUUGUUCAAUGGGUACAAAGCACUAUUGUUUAUGUAACUAAGAACUUGUUUUGCUUUACAUAUCUUACUUUGGGCAGUAUGCAAUAUGUGUUGUGCAAUACAAACUUAUGAUCUAGCCUUGAAAAGUACAUAACAAAAAAAAGUUUUUUUUAAGUGCAAUGUUUAUGCAAGUUUCAGAUAGUUACAUGUAAUAUUUUGUGUUUUGCACCUUGUGAAUAAGAUAUAAAAUAGACGCUAUAUGUUUGAUUUAUAGAGUCCUCCAACAGAGCAUUUAACGAAGAGAGAACGCUUCAGCACUCACAGAUGGAUCACAAUUGCCCAAGAAUGUAAUUAUUUGGCGCUGCUGAUCCACAUAAGGUAAACCACGAAUGUAAAGCUUUGUCCAUGAUGGAACAUUGAUGCAGGGCUGUUUAUGGCUGUUAUGGUGUCAUGUUAGAGCUUGGCUGUCAAUGUUGAUCAGUGAAUGGUGAAAGCUGCAAUACCGUUUCUUUUUUACACCUUUAUACUAGUGCUAAAUAUUUUAUAUUCAAUAUAUUACCAGCUGAGAAUUGGGGCCCUGCAUGUUAUCUGGUAAAAUACAAAAAGUACUGUCAGAAAAAGCAAUUGCCAGCCAAACUUAAAUUUAUAGCUUUGUAGUUGCUGCACAAAGUGAAAGCCGCAUCAUGACGAGAACUUUAAUGGCUCGCAUUCUUAGAGCGUGCAGCUUAAUGUAUACAGUUUGUUUGCAGCAAAUCUAUUUCUUAUAGAAUAGGUUUGGACUUUUAGAACCAAACAUUAUGGCAGCACUCAGUGGCUGGAGAGCAUCCACUUCCAAGUACAAGACACGCUUUGCUGCCCAUUUCAAUGUUUCAAAUUGUAGAUCUGAAACCAUGCAGACAACUUCGGUUAAACACUAAUUUAUUUUAUGUCUUGCUACAACACUGCUAUCACCAUCCACCCCACACAUUUGGCCUGCCUGAAUGAGAACAUAGUGUGUAACCUGCUUUGCCCAUUUUGUCUUCUGUGAUGUGGUGUUCGCAUUGAGUGAUGCAACUUUGAAGACCCAAGGUAGCAGGUGCAUUCCUGAAAGGGCUAAAGAAACAAAAAAGUAUUUAUUCUAUAAGUGAAUUGUGUUGUCGUGAUAUAAUAGGCUUGAGGUGCACUUGUACAUCGGUUGUGUUCACUGAAUAUUGUGUACAGGCAUGCAACAAUGCCAACAAUCAAUAAGAGACAUUCCAUUUUUUUACCCAGUUUCUUUCUGAGCACAAAGUCAUAUUUCCAGUGUUUUGGAACACAAUGUGCCUGUGAUGUACUUUGUACUGGAGUAGAUUGGCCUGCAUGGUCUGCUGUGCAAGCAAAUAAAAUAUUUUCAUGAACCUCUC